AAAGAUCAAAAUAAGCUCGACCAAAAAGAUUAAAAUCAAAAUAAGCUCUUGACCCAAAAUAAGCUUUGAAAUUUAAGUUACUCGUUGAUUAUUUGGAGUUGUGGCGGAGAGAGAAAAGAAAGAGAGAGAUGGAAACGGCGGGGCAGUGGCUGGAGAAGGCGUUGGUUGAGUUGUGCUCGAAGAUCGAAACGGGAUUAGGUUUAGGUUUGGAUGAAGAAAUUAUUAAAGGGCUCGUUUCUUACUGUGAUCUUGCACAGCCACGAGAUGCUAAAGAGUACCUUGACAACAUUAUUGGUGAGGAAGUAGGGAAAUCUGUGAUUGAAGAAUACUUAAGACGGCGAGGUCACUCGGAAUUCAGCACCAAAUCACAUGUUCCAAUUCCAACUACUACCAAAUUACAUGCCUAUGUCAAACCACCUUCAGUUGAAACAUCUACUAGUGGAUCGAAGAAAUCGACCAGAACACCGAAAACAGUGGUUGUCCGCGGUGACCAUGUACAGCCCAACAAGAAUGCUGUCGGUAGUAGUAAUCAGGGAAAUGGGAUUCCAGCUACAGGUAGUAGUGAACCAGGAACAUCGCAAAAAGGAAAUCAAGUGAGUUCUAGAAAGAAGAAAGCUGGGAAAACUAUUUCACUUGCUGAGGCAGCUAAAGGGUCGAUUGUUUUCAAGCAAGGAAGACCGUGCAUUUGUCAAGCGCGUCGUCACAAUCUAGUCAGCAAUUGUUUAUCUUGCGGUAAAAUUGUUUGUGAGCAAGAAGGAGAGGGACCUUGUAAUUUUUGUGGUGCACUUGUGUUGAAAGAGGGAAGCUCGUAUGCUGGUUUGGAAGAAAGUUUGCCUCCCUUGUCAGAGACUGAGGCUGCUGCUGAAGCUUAUGCGAAGAGGCUUGUUGAAUAUGACCGAAAUGCUGCGGCCCGUACAACAGUUAUUGAUGACCAAAGUGACUACUAUGAGCUUGAUUCAAAUACUUGGUUGUCAAAAGAGGAGAAAGAAUUGUUGAAGAAGAAACAAGAGGAGAUGGAAGAAGCAGAACAAGCCAAACGGAACAAAGUUGUCGUGACUUUUGAUCUAGUUGGCCGCAAGGUUCUCUUGAAUCAAGAUGAAGUUUCAGAAUCACAGUCCGACAAUAGAAUAUUACGUGCACCCGAAGAAAGGGAAAUAAACCGCAUUAAACCAAAUCCAUCUCUUAAGAUUCAGCCAGUUUUUGUGGAUCUGGGAUUCAGUAAGAAGUCUGCUAAUGAUAGGGAAGCAAACAAAGGUAAGCAAUCAAACAAAGGCCUAAACAAGGGACUGUGCUUGGAGAUUACUGGAAGGGUGCAGCAUGAUAGCAGUGACUUGAAGUACCUUCAGCAAAGCCAAUUUGCAACAGAUUCAAAUGAAAAAAAUUGGCAAGUACCUUCAGGAAAUGGAGGACUGCACAUAGAGGAUGAUGGUGAAUGUUUACUAGACCGAUGAUAAUGAAUAACAAGUUUCUAUACUUUUUUGUCUAAGCCUGGAAAUGAUUGGUUUUGCUUAUCUUUCUGAGAGAAAGGAAAUAAUGAAUUUAAGAAUUUUUGGUAGUGUAUUUUUAUCUGGGAUGCUUGUGCAGAUAUAGUAUCAGUAUAUUAUCUAUUCUUAUA